AUGCCUAUCAUCAUCAACCCAAGCGGGGAAGCAGAGAUCACUCCCGAGACACCAAUCUUGAGAGAAGACCCAGCCGCCAUCAAUGAAAAGGAUUCCCUCGAGAAGGAGAGAUAUAUUAAAAAAGAGAACGAGCCCGCAAACACAAAAUUUGCUACCCCUUCAAUAGAUUCUACGGAGAAGGAUGCCCCAUCCCAGAAAGAGGAAUCCGUCGCCGCUACCAUGGAAAAUCUCAGCUUGGAUGGGCAAGGCGAAGUUCAAGCCGGGGAGAAUACCGGCAAGGAAAACGCUAUUGACAAGGAAGAGGACAGUAAUGAAGGACCUGCUGUUGAGAUUCCCUUUGUUGUUGGAAGAACACCUAGACCUUACGGCGGGAGAGUGUACUAGGCGCCACGGCGUGAGAGUAUGGAGGCUUGGUCUAAGGGCUCAAAAUGCUGAGUUGGGGAUUCACGAGAGUGACGAGUGGUCGAGUGAACCCGUGAGCUUCCUAUAACUAGAUUCCCACAGGCAAGUCAUUGAAUAGCAGGCGUGAAGUUAGCAAAGAAAUAUACUUAUUCAAUGCAACAUCGUCCCCAAAAGCCUAUGAAUG